AUGAGUUACCUAUCACAAAACGGGACUUGGUCCACAGCAAAUCAAGCCCCAAUGACAUCACAAGCAGGUGCUUCGAUACAUUAUAGAGCAUCGCAUCAGCCGGAUGCGCAAGCAUGGCUAAAUUCUUCCAGCUCAUCCCAUUCAUCACCUUUUGCUGCUCAUUCAACCGAAGGUACAAAUAGUCCAAUGCCAUCUUCUUCAAAUAUCAACAAUGGCGGCCAUCCGAUGCUAAGUAAUCCAUUCGAUCCAAACGCUUUCAGGAUGCCGGCUUUUUCGAAUGCACAUGAUCCGAGUAUGGCCGCACCUUUUGCUGCACUUUUACAUCAACAGCAGGCAAUGAAUGGGUUCGGUAAUGUACCUGGCAUGAACAUGUCUCAACAGACGUGGCCCCAUCUUCAACAAUUUGAUGCAAGUCAAAGUCAUAUGAAUGCAACCGGCUCGCAAAAUCCUUUCCAAGGUUUUCCUGCUGGAAUGCAAUCCGGUCAUGGUGGGUCGCAACCGUUCACGUCUAUGAAUCAAUCCAAUACAUCUUUGGCCAAUUUCCCGAUGCUGUUGAGCGCCAACAAUAUUACUGCAAGUCCUUCAUCGAUCGGACGUAAUUCUCCGAAUGCGAGCAACCAUGUAUCUGGAGUGCCAUUUGUUCCUGGAGCAUCUCCUGCUUUGGUCAAUUCGAUGAUCAGUCAAAAUACAAGUCAAAGCAACAGUCUUGUUGGAACGCCAAGUGAUGGCUCUAUGCAUUCUUCUGAUAUGGGAAUGCAAGGAUCUUCAAUGCCUUCCACCAGCAAUGAUGCACAAGCUGUCAAGACUAAACGUUCUUCCGUUGGCGGUAGUACCGCAGGCACGCAUAGAAGGAUCAAAUUCCGUCGAAGCAGGACUGGCUGUCUGGUUUGUCGAAAACGUAAAGUGAAAUGUGACCAGGACGGAUUGCCGUGCAAACAAUGCAAAUUUGGAAAGAGAGAUUGUCAUUAUGAAGAGAAUCCGUUGCCAAAACGUCGAAGGAAAUCGACUGUUAGUAACGUGCAAUCAAACGAGAUAAGUGAUGCAGAGAAAAAGAAGGGUAAAGCUCCUUCUCACUCAAGCGAGUUGAAAUCGUCAGAUCAACAGUCAAUACCACAAAUUACCGGCCAAGUUGCGCGAAAAGACGAUCAGUCAAACGUUUCGCAACAAGCAAUCUUUGAAAAGCUAAGGCAGGCUGCUAGUCAAUCUUCAUUUAUGAAUUUGCCUGACUAUGGCAGUAAUUAUGGAGGUGAUGAUGAUUCAAAAGAACCAUCUGAGCAUUGGGCCAGCACGGGAUCUGCGUUCAGCGCUUUUCACGGUGGAGGUGAUGGCGAGUGGAAUAUCACUACACCCUCAACCGGUGCAACUUCUUUGCAUACCGUUGACGGCGAAAUGCUGGGCUCGAACAACAGUAGCAGACGGGUUACGCUAUCAGAUGAUCGAUUCGAACAAUUCGAUUUCGGAUCUGGAACGGCCAACUUGAAUGGCAAUCAGACGAACGCAGGCGGAAUUGACAUAUUCGCCGGAUUUGCAGCUGGUCAAUCAACGAAUCUUGAUGGAGACCAUGCAGCAGGCAUUCAAAAUGCGAUCAAAGACCGUAAGACAUCCUUGUCACCUUUACACAUGGAUGCUAUGCACAAUCGACUUUCCUUUGAUCACACUGGCAUGUCGAAUAGGAUAAACUUUCAAAAUCAAUGA